GAACAGCCUGAGGCGAAGAAGCAAACAGAUGCCAGUGCUGCCAGCACUGCUCCGUCUGCCACUGCUCCAAGGGGGCUGCCACUCUCCAGCCCACAGGCUGCAGCUGAGCACGUGGGACCUGCCCAGUCUGCCUCUGAUCCCUGCGGGCAUACUGCUGACCCUGAAUGCUCCACCGGCUGCAUCUGCCUAGGAACCAGGAAAAGACAUCGGAGAUCUUCUAAGGAAGUCAUGGCACACAACCAGGAGCCUCUGUCCAAGACCCCCAUCAUCAAGUUCAAGGGCCAGGACUUCAACUACCUGUGGAACCGUUGCCUCAGCAGAGGUCUGCUGUUUGAGGAUGAGACAUUCCCUGCCGAGAUUUCUUCCAUCGGUUUGGAGAUGCUCAAGGGAAAGGACCUCUCCAGCCUGAGGUGGAAGCGGCCCAAGGAUUUAUCAAGGGGUAAAUCAGAGCCUCACUUCAUCCUGGAAGGUGUGAGCAGAUUUGACAUCAAACAAGGAUAUGCAGGAGACUGCUGGUUCCUGACGGCGCUGGGCUCCUUGACACAGAGCAAAAAGCAUCUGCAGAAGAUCCUGAAGAACCAAAGCUUCUCCCAGCAGUAUGCAGGCAUUUUCCGCUUCUGGUUCUGGCAGUGUGGCCAGUGGGUGGAAGUGGUGGUGGACGAUCGCCUGCCUGUCCUGAACAACGAGUACCUCUUUGUGCAUCCUUGCAGCAACAGCCAGGAGUUUUGGCCCUGCCUGCUGGAGAAAGCCUACGCCAAGUUUCGAGGGUCCUAUCUCCACCUGCACUACGGCUACCUCCCUGAUGCCCUGGUGGACCUCACGGGAGGGGUGGUCACCACCAUGGACCUGCACUCCUCCUCCUCUGACCUAGUGACGAUGGUGAAGACAGCAGCCCAAGAAGAGUCCCUGAUGACCUGCGCCACCCCGGUCAGCCCGACAGGGAUCGCCACACGCAUGGAGAACGGCCUGGUGAGCCAGCACGCCUACACCGUUACAGGAGCUGAGACGAUUCAGUCCAGGACAGGCUGGGAAGAUCUUAUCCGCCUGUGGAACCCCUGGGGCGACACUGAAUGGCAAGGGCGCUGGGGGGACGGGUCUCUGGAGUGGCAGGAAACCCAGGACCCACGGAAAAGCCAGCUGUAUAAGAAUAAGGAAGAUGGCGAGUUUUGGAUGCCAUGCCGAGACUUCCAAGACAACUUCUUCUGCCUGUAUGUGUGCAACCAGUACCCUGUCAGCCUGGACCAUGGCAACACGUCUUUGGGAACAUGGUCUGAGAUGAUGUUUAAGAGCCGUGUGAUUCCGGGAGGUACCACAGAUGAUUACGACAUUGGAGGACCUCAGAGCGACACGCAGUACAUCUUCUCCGUGCCGGAGAUCACGGAAGGCAACAAUGUCACCGUGUCUUUCAACAUCAUGCCACAGACUUUAAAGGCAAAUGACGGGAAAUUUCCACUGAAUUUCCAUGUGUUCAAGGUCGACUCUCAGUUUCAGCACUUCCGGGAGAGAUUGCCACCCACGUUUUUCUCCCAGUUCAGAAAUGCUGACAAGGGCAUAGUGACGCGAAGUAAGUACAACCUCACCAAGUGCUUCACCCUGAGCCCGGGGACCUACGUGGUGGUCGUGUCUGCGUACAAAGAAGCAGUUGAGUUUUUGCUCCGAAUCUUCCUGAAAAUGCCGAACACGGACAGGAACCCGGGCAGCAAUUUCAGCCUCAAAGCACUGAAGGCAAGUCUGCCAGAAAAUGCCUCCCAACAAAGCAUCUUCUACAGAUACGCCCAGCAGGGACUAAACAUGGAUGCCACCGGGCUCCAGAGCCUUCUCAACCAGGAGUUACUGCGAGGACUUCCGCGGGACGCAUUCUCUCUGGAUGAGGCCCGGAGCAUCGUGGCGCUGAUGGAUCAGCUGCAAGUGAACGGGCAGCUCGACCCAGAGGAGUUUUCCCGGCUGUGGAGCCGCCUCCUCUGCUGCCAGAGGGUUUACCUGAACACCCAGGGGAACUCGGCCGUUUUCCUGAGCUCGGAUUUGUGGAAGGCCAUCAAGAGUACAGACUUCCUUGCAGGGAUCUCUGUCAGCAGUGACCUGCUGGAUCUCAUGGCCCUCAGGUACAGCGACAGCACCGGCAGGGUCAGCUUCCCCAGCCUGGUCUGCUUCCUGAUACGACUGGAAGCCAUGGCAAAGGCUUUCCAGCACCUCUCCAAGGACGGACAAGGGCUCUACCUGACGAAAAUGGAGUGGAUGAACCUGGUCAUGUACAGCUGAAGCAGGGAGUGCAGCAGACCCUGGAGUCCAGGACAAGCUCCCAGUGGUUGGUCAACGACCUGUUCUCAUCCCAGCGGGCUGUGCUCCCCCAUGAUUGUGAUGCCAGUGACAUGUGUCCUGCUGGGAAUGUAGUCACAGCCGCCUUCCAGGAGCCUGGGCGGGGUCCUCAACUGGGUCAGGCUCCAGUAAUGCUGAGGUCACAGAGCAGGUCCCCUGAGAGCCCUGGGACACCAGCCUGGAGUCUCCUGGAGAAUGAAGCAGAAGAUGUUUGUUCUCCUGUGGGAAAGAGGAGCCCCUCCCACCAGGCCUUGGAACAGCCAGAGUGAGCCCGCCCGCCCCCCCACACACGGUGCUGGGGUGACCCAGGAACAGCCGGCCCACUGGUGUGUGUGCGGGGUAACCGCACUCUCCUGUGUCUGAUUCCCGGCUGUUCCCCAGCCAGACGACAAAAUAAAACAUGGUUCCUGUAAA